ACAGCUUUCAGUCUAUUGAUUGUCCGCUCAAAGGAAAGUCGAUCAAAGUGAUGUUUGAGGAGUGUGUAACCUAAGCUUUCUUUAGAACAGUUGAAAAUGUACAGGAUAUCUGAAAAUAAUGAAGGAGUUCAGAUUUCUGAUGCCCAAGUUAUGGAUGACAUGUUGCAAAAACGAUACAACCAUGCAAAAACCCAAGUGGUAGAUUAUUCACAUCUAUUCAGACCCAAAACCCGGUGGGAGUUCGUUCGCUUGACGAUGAUUAUCGUGAGCAUUCAGUUCACCUACGCCGCCGAAACUGCAUUUGUGUCGCCCAUCUUGCUGAGCAUAGGCCUCCCGCACACGUUCAUGACCAUGAUAUGGGCCAUUUCUCCGACACUAGGUUUCUUUCUGGCUCCCCUGGUUGCAUCGUUGAGUGACCAACUUCGGGUUUCAUGGGGCAGACGGCGACCUGUACUGCUUGUGCUGAGUAUCACUUUGAUGCUUGGACUGGUGAUUCUUCCACAUGGCAGAACUAUUGGGCUGUGGUUUGGGGACGAAGACGUUUCUCCGCAGAACAUGAGUGGAUUUCGAUGGGGGAUUUUGAUUACAACCUUGGGAUUGGUAAUGGCCGAUUUCAGCGUGGAAACAACCAAUGGGCUAUCUAGAACUUAUUUCUUGGAUAUGUGUAUCAAAGAGGACCACCCAACGGUUCUAACAGUGGCAGUGAUGAUUGGUGGAAUUGGUGGUUUUAUUGGAUACAUGCUUGGAGCUAUCGACUGGACCAACACGAACCUCGGAGAGAUGAUGGGUUCAAACGAAGCGACAGUUUUUGGGGCGGUCGUUAUUAUUGUUCUCAUUGGAACCACCACAACACUAACGAGCUUUCGGGAAGUUCCACUCGGGUUGUUGGAGAACGAUGAACUAUUGCGACCCAUUACGAAGGCAGCAUUUGAGGAAGAGAAACGUCGUCAGAUGAAUCUCACUCGUGUAAGCAGUGUAAUGUCCAUGGAUUCAGAGACCGCUGAAAGAGCGCAAGUUUGUCCAGAGGAAUGCAACCAACAACCACUGAAUUUCAAAAGUUUUCUGACGAAUCUCAUCAGAUUGCCCAAAGCUCUGAGAAUAUUGUAUUUUACGCAGUUUCUGUCACAUUUGGGUUACCUCAGCUAUUGCUUGUACUUCACGGAUUUUGUCGGGAGGGAAAUCUUUGAAGGCGACGCUUUGGCGCAUGAAGGUUCGCAAUCCAUGAAGUUAUACCACGAAGGAGUGCGUUUUGGAUGCCUUGGAAUGGCAAUCUUCGUGUUGAGUGCUGCAAUUUACUCCAUGGCAAUCGAAAAGGUGAUUCGACUGUCUAGCAUAAGAUCAGUGUACAUUGGAGGUCUGCUACUAAACUGCAUUGGAAUGAUGUUGAUUGCUGUAUAUAAAUCAAAGCUAAUGGUAUUCAUAUGCUGCAUAACGAUGGGUAUCGAAUAUGCAACGAUCUACUCUUUACCGUUUUUGUUGAUUUCGCAAUACCAUCAGAAACAAUCGUUUAAUAUGAUUGAUGGACGGUGCGUUCAAAGUACACAGACGCGAGGAUUUGGAGCAGAUAUUUCAAUUCUAAGUAGCAUGCUGUUUCUUGCUCAGAUUAUAAUAUCUCUAUCAAUAGGAAGCGUUAUAGAUGCUUAUGGCAGCACAACGAUUGUAGUUUACUCUGCUAGUCUAUUCUCUUGUUUGGCUGCCUUUUCUGCGACACAGAUAAUCUACAUGGAUCUCUAGAACUACAAUGACAACGUUCGUUCUGUAACAGAAAUAAAGUAAUCAAUUGAUUAUAAAUAAAUUAUAAAACCCCUUCCUCUACCACCUACGAA